GUUCUGCCCGCCGGUAACGUGCCAGAUUUUCGACAGGAUAAGUACGAAAGCAGAACCACAACAUGAAGUACCUAGCUUUGUUAGCGUUGUUGGUCGUUAGUACGCAUGCCUUCUUCACGUCGGAACAGCAUGAAAUAGCGAAAAAAUUAUCCAUCAGCUGCAUGAAUGAAAUCGGAGAAGGACUCCCGGAAAACAUCGGCGAAAGGUUUCGUGCCGGUGAUCUAACACUUGCGGAUGCCAAAUCCAAGUGCUACAUGAAAUGCAUCUUCGCCAAGGUGGGUUUCAUCGACGAUUCCGGUGAUGUGAACCAGGAAGUGUUGGCGGAUAAACUAUCGAUAGGAAACAGCCGGGAAAAAGCGGAAAUGUUUGCCAAACAGUGCAACAAGUUCGAAGGGGACGACGCCUGCGAAAAGUCUUUCGGACUGUACGAAUGCUACCACAUGUACAAGACGACGUUCUUCUCCUAAAUAGAGCCGGUCAGUUAAUAUUACGGGUUACCAAUAAUGAAGCAUAAUUCAAA